GCAGUUGAAUCAGACUAGGACGAUCAUACACAACAAACUCCACUAGAGACCAUCAUGCCAAACAUGGGUAGGUAGGUAGUAUUAGUAGCUAGUAGGUUAGCUAACCCUAAACUCACUUUUUGGUACAUGAACACACAAAUUAGACAAGACAUGGUCAGGUUGGGCUGCGCUGCAAGAAAUCAAUCUCAUCUCAGGAGCCAGAAGCAAAAACCAAAACAAUUUACUUCAUUAAAAGUUAACUAUUAUGUUUUUAAAAUUCAUUCUGAAACUACGAUCCAAACUAAUUUCUACUUUUCAACUUAAUUAAUUUUGUAUAGUAGUAAGCAACAAAACUGUCGGUUAAUCUGUCUCUCUUAAAUAUAAGCUGUGUAACAAGACUACAAAGUCUUUAGCCAUUUGGAAUAUACGCGUCAUACUGUUUUAAAAUCAUACAGUAUUUCGCCUCCUUCGAGCAUGAUUUCUUUAACAUACUCCAACAAAUAAUACACGCAAUGGGGUGCGUAAGGCGAUAUAAGGUAGUUCUUAGUACCGAGAGAAAGAAGUUUCCAUUCAAAAAGAAGUAAAGGGGAAAAGGAAAAAAAUAAAGAAAAUCUUCUAGCUAUGAAUUUUCGUUGCAAUUCUUGGAUACUAAGAAAACUCUCAUUUUAUAAAGACAAGAUACAAAAGUGAGAAGAAUCGAUUACUUUAAUCCAAAAAAGAAAGAUAUCCAGAAACGACGUAACCACUAACCAUGGCUAUAUUAUUCUUGUAUCUUUAAAUCAAAUUUUACAGGAUUCCGUUUUCAAAAUUUUGAAAGAAAACGUGACAAAGACUCACUGCUUUCUUCUUCUAAACAUUCAAAAUUCAUUCUUUCUCUGCAACUUCGAGGUGAUUGAAAUUAGAAAAGGAAGAAACCCCAAAUGUAUUCUGGUGAAUUCUGGCAAACCCAACAACACUCUUCAGCUAAAACUAGAGGAAUUCAUGGCAGAAUUAGAGAAGAGGAUACUUCUUAUUCUACUAUUUUUGAAAGAAUGAGACCUUCACCGGGAGGUAAAGUUGUGGUAGCAGUUAGAGCUGCAGAGAAAGACAUUUCUAAAACAGCAUUAACUUGGGCACUUACUAAUAUCGUUCGUCCUGGUGAUCAAAUUACUCUUCUUGCUGUUAUUUCUACAGAAACCAGAGGUCGGAAGUUAUGGAAUUUACCGAUAUUAAACGGAGAUUGUGCUGGGAGAACUCGAGAUAACUCGCCUGAUAGGAUGUAUCAGAUCUCAGAUUCUUUUUCUCAGAUGGUACUUCAAUUUCACAAUCAGAACGAGGUCGGUAUAAAGAUUAAGAUGGUUUCGGGCUCGCCUGCUGGAGUGGUGGCAGCGGAAUCAAAGAGAGCUGGAGCCAACUGGGUCGUAUUGGACAAACACUUGAAGCAGGAGGAGAAGCUUUGCAUGGAGGAACUCCGAUGUAACAUUGUGGUGAUGAAACGUGCACGACCCAGAAUUCUUAGACUUAACUUGGGAGGCUCUGGUGAAAUUGAGUCAUCUUUUUCUCCGACAACAGAAUUAAAAGCCAAAGAGUCGGAAGAUAAUAGGAUUAGGCAUUCAACUCCAGUGAGCAGCCCAGAUGAACCAACAACAUCCUUCACUAGGACAACCACCGAAGGAACUUCCCUGUCUAGUUCUGAAGCUGAAGCGUCUCCUUUCUUUGUAUCCGAAAGAAACCCACUUUUUGAGAUUAACAAUGCAGGGAAGCCUAGAUCUAUACAUAGACGUGUCGAUUCAGAUCAUUCACUUUCAUCAUUUGGAUCAGUCAAGGAAGAUUUUAUCUCUUUAAAUUCGAGAGCAUCUGUGACUAAAAGUAAUGGAAAUAAAUACUGGUUUCGCCCAAAUCAUACUGUUGAUGAACAGAAGAACUCAACUAUCAAAAACAACAAGAUUACUUGCAACAAUAAAACUCGCCCUCCAAGGACACUACGUGAAAAGUUUGUCCAAUUCGAUAAAGAGAAGAUUCAAGAACCCAGGGUCAACCAAUCACCGCCAGCAGAUCACAUUUUCAAUGAAGAUGUAAGAGAUGCAGUCUUUUUAAGUAGAAUUACUACAGCUCCUCCCCCUCUAUGUUCAUUAUGUCAACAUAGAGCACCCGUCUUUGGGAAACCUCCAAGGUGGUUCUGUUACAAAGAGCUUGAGGAAGCAACAAAUGGAUUUUCAGAGGCGGAUUUAUUGGCAGAAGGUGGGUUUGGAUCAGUUCACCGAGGUGUCUUAAGUGAUGGUCAGGUGGUGGCUGUGAAGCAACUGAAGAUUGCUGGGUCUCAAGGGGAGGCCGAGUUUCGUAGGGAAGUUGGGGUGUUAAGCUGCGCGCAACACAGAAAUGUUGUGAUGCUGGUUGGAUUUUGUAUAGAAGGAGACAGAAGAGUCUUAGUUUAUGAGUAUGUAUGCAAUGGCUCUUUGGACUUCCAUUUAUACGGGCAAAAUAAAAAACCGCUAGAUUGGAAAUCACGGCUUAAGAUUGCAAUUGGCGCAGCAAGAGGUUUGAGGUAUCUUCAUGAAGACUGCAGGGUAGGCUGCAUUGUGCACAGAGAUAUGCGCCCCAACAACAUCCUUCUCACCCACGAUUAUGAACCCCUUGUUGGAGAUUUUGGUCUUGCAAAAUGGCAACCAGACUUAGAAGACGGUACUGAGCAGCGGGUAGUUGGGACCUUGGGGUAUCUUGCACCAGAGUACAUAGAAGGCGACAGAAUUACAGAGAAAGCAGAUGUAUAUGCAUUUGGAGUGGUGUUAAUGGAGCUAAUUAUUGGUCGAAAAACCAUUGGAAUGGCUCGUUCUAAAGGGCGACAGUUCUUAGUUGAAUGUUCCCGCCCUCAGUUGGUACCAGAAGAACAAAGCCAAGACGUAGCAAUUAACCAUAAACUGCUAGACCCAAACUUGGAUUCCAACCAAAUCCAAAACUUCUCACAUCAACUGAGAGCCAUGGCUCAAGCAGCUUCCUUGUGCCUACGGCGAGAUCCGGAGUCUAGACCCUCAAUGUCAAAGGUUCUGAGAAUACUAGAAGGAGGAGAUUCAAUCAUUCCACUUGGUAGUGAUUCAGACUCCAUUGGUAGUAGAAGCCAGCGUUUGCAUGGUCUCAGCUCACGCGUGAGAACAGGAUCAAGGGGAGUUCAUUCCCGUAAGCUGUCUCAUUGAGACAGGAUUGAAUACUAAUAUCAAUACGAGUUACAUAAAAGGAUCACAUUUUUUUUUCUUUUCUUUUGAAGUUGAAAUUGUCAGUGAUUACAGUAGCAUUAAGUUAUAGUAUCAUGUAAAUUUAAAGUUGCGUCGUGUGUCCUCGAUGGCCUGUAAACAAAAUAUGAGCGAUAUUUGUUUAGCUUUUUUUCUCAUCAUUGUACAGAUUUGUUCAGUCAGUUUAGAACUGCUUAAAAUUUUUAUACAGUGGAACUACAUGACUGUGUCAUGCUGAUAUGAAAGUCUUUUUACUUCUAGG